CUGCACUGGCACUGUAACUUCCAAGGUUCUCACUGGAAGUCGCCGUGAUUGCUACCCACCUAGGUACCCACCUGCCUUGCUUAGCAGCCCUGGAGCCCUCUAGUGAAGCUACAGAGCGAUCCUUGUACUGUACCUACCACUAAAUUACAGGGGACUAAUUUCUAUCAUCACAUCGCCGAUUCUCAUUCUUCGUUCAUCAAUCCGCACGAUAUACGUACAAUUGAUAUUAUUCACAAUAAAUCUUUGAACGGUACGCUUACAUCCCACAAUGCGGAGAGGUCAUUUUUCACCCGAUGACCUACCCGCUUGGUCGGUCCUGAAUGACGUUGCAUUCGUCAAUGUUAAAGUCGCCGACAUCAAAGGUCGAGGUUAUGGCUUAGUAGCAGAGAGGGAUCUAGUUGCCAAAGACGACGACACCGAGUCACCAACUCUUCUAACUAUCCCCAAAGAUAUCAUCCUCUCUGUUAAGCAUGUAGAACAAUACGCCAAGGAAAAUAAGAGUUUCCGACAGCUUUUGGAUGCGGUCGGUCACCAAUCAACAAGAGGCAGCAUUCUACUCUUUCUUUUAACACAGCAGGUGUUAGCUUCCCCUGAUUAUGAGGGUGGCCUGGGCCCAUCCACGCCUUGGACUCAAUAUUUUAGCAUUUUACCAACACAGGUCCCAAUCCCUACAAUGUGGACGGAGCUGGAACUCUCCCGCUUAAAGAAUACUUCAUUGGAGUCGGCGGUAUCUGCUAAAUUGACUGUUCUGACGAGAGAAUUCGAUGACCUUCGUGCAAGUCUGAGUGAAUUGGCAUACUGGAACGAUCUCCUUACAAUUGACGAGGCCAUAACUAUUCGGGACUGGAUCCUCCUUGACGCUCUAUUCAGAUCGCGCUCAUUAGAGUUACCUAAGUCUGGAGAGUCGAUGGUCCCUGGUCUCGACUUAGUCAAUCAUUCUAGUAAGGCCACGGCUUAUUACGACGAAAAUGACAAAGGAAAAGCAGUGCUUCACCUACGAGAAGGUUGUUCGGUGGCCCGCGGCGAUGAAAUCACCAUCGAUUACGGACGGGACAAGUCGCCGGCAGAAAUGCUGUUCAGUUAUGGUUUUAUCGAUAUAGAUUCGACUACCAGAAGUCUUACCCUACCUCUAGAACCUUUGGACGACGACCCUCUUGCGAAACCGAAACUUGCUGUUUUCGGAAAGCCACCAAAAUUGCAGAUAACAGAAGGCGAAAGUGGCGUUGCACGCUGGAAUGGCGAUUUUGUGUAUCUUAUGUGCCUUAAUGAGGAAGACGGUUUGGAUUUCAAGGUAGUUCAGGAAACCAACGGAUCCAAUCAUCUCAAGAUGUUCUGGCAGGAUUCCGAUAUCACCAAUCCGUCAGAUACAUUCAAAAGCAUUAUCCAAGGGCAUGAAUUAUACCCCAUAUUUGAACUACGGGCCCUAACAGUUGUUCUAAUUAUUACUUCACAUCAACUUGAAGAGCUUGUCGCCGGCCAGGAGAAUAACGUAACACCUGGAUCAGUCAGACCAGAGAUAUGGCAAGCCGCUACACAACUGAGGUUAAUCGAGACUAGCAUCCUUGAAAGAAGCAUAAAAGCUUUCGAAGAUCAGGUGAGUCCGAAUCCUGGAGUUUUGGGGGUAUUGGGUAUCCACAAUACCAUCAAUCCAGUAUUACAACAAUCCACUAUCACCCUUUACGAAUUUUUUUCGUCAAUGGAGUGUUACUAAUACAUAGAUCCCAGAGAGACGGGCUGCUACAAAA